AUGAUCGUUUUGCUCAUUUUCCUUAGACAAGUAUCAGAAUGCACUCGUUGGCCAGCUGGAACAUACGGUCUACCCAAACCAAUAUCCGGGUGUCCCUGGUCAGAAGGCUUUUCCUGGAGAGAAGGAUGGAGGUCUCAAGAUACCAACGGAAAACAAUCGAACAACUCAAGGUCACCAAAAUUUCACCUUGAUGGAAAAGUGGAUAACGAUGAGAUUAAAAGAUCCUUCUGCAUUAAAGAUGAUAUAACAACCGAUAGGAACAGGCCUCUAUGGCCAAAAGGGAAGUACUGCAUCUAUAAGAGAAGACGGCAAUGCCCUGCAGGUUUAACAUCAGGUGAACUCUUCUGGGAUGACGAGGAGAACGCAAACCGUAAUGAUGAUGGAGGAACACUUCCUGAGGGUAAAUAUGACCACGACACAGUUAUCUACUUUUGCUGCAAAACAAACGGUUCCAAAGACGACCCAAUUGCUCUUCCGAUGCUUGAAAGAGAAAUUAUAUCUCAAGGAGAGUCUCCUAUUUGGUCACUACAAUAUCUGAGUUACUUUUGUUACCUACUGCGGGAAAGUAAUCUUUUUACGGUUAAAAAAAGAGAUACGAAUAACGAAAAAGAAACUAGGAUUGCAGAUGAAAAACUUGAAAUGUAG